AUGACUCAAAAAAAAAAAAAAAAGAAGAGCAUCCAGCAUGCCCGGGAACAGAAGGGCAGGCGGAGACAGGAGUCCCUGGAUCAACAGCGGCGCGAGCACGAGGAGAGAUUGGCCGAAGCAACUGAGCGAGGCGAAUGUCUAUGGGAUGGGACGGUCAACCACGGAUCGGUCUUUGACGUCGACUGCGUACCCGAAUUCAUCGACCUCGACGACACAGACGAUGAAGACGAAGAUUCGCUCGGAGAUGGAUCCACCAGCACGACACCUGAAAAUGGGAGCAUCAAACGUUUCGAUGGCUGGAGGCCUAUGGAUUGGGUCUCGGGGCCAAGGAUGCACAACUGA